AUAUCUUAAAAAAAAAAAGUUUGACCCAGAAAAAGUGCGAGUAUCUUCAUUAGCCAUCAUUAGGGGAGUUUUAUAAGAGGGUUUUUGUGUUAGUUGUAAUUUCGGUUACAAUUCGAAAAGCGAGUGAAUCAUCAGAACAGAAUGGCGGCGAUGGCUGGUUUGUAUAGAAGGCUUCUUCCUUCACCCCCUUCCGUUGAUUUCGCUUCUUCUCAUGGCAAACAACUCUUUUUUGAAGGCAUUCAAAACGGAACUAUGGAAGGUUUUUAUAGAUUGGUCUCUUAUUUUCAAACUCAAUCCGAACCCGCUUUCUGUGGUCUCGCUAGUCUCUCCAUGGUCCUCAAUGCUCUUGCCAUUGAUCCUGGAAGGAAAUGGAAAGGACCUUGGAGAUGGUUUGAUGAAUCCAUGUUGGACUGUUGCGAACCUUUAGAAAUGGUCAAAUCCAGAGGUAUCUCAUUUGGGAAACUUGUAUGCUUGGCUCAUUGUGCUGGAGCCAAAGUUGACGCCUUUCAUGCAAGUCAGAGCAGCAUUCAUGAUUUUCGUAAAUAUGUCCUCAAGUGUUCAACUUCGGACGACUGUCAUGUAAUCUCAUCAUACCACAGAGCUGCUCUCAAACAAACGGGAAAUGGCCACUUUUCUCCUAUUGGAGGCUAUCAUGCUGGAAAGGACAUGGCAUUAAUUUUGGAUGUUGCACGUUUCAAGUAUCCUCCCCAUUGGGUUCCACUUACACUCCUUUGGGAAGGCAUGAAUUAUAUUGAUGAAUCCACUGGACAAUCUAGGGGGUUCAUGCUUAUAUCAAGGCCACAUAGGGAACCUGGCAUGCUUUAUACUCUGAGUUGCAAACAUGAGAGUUGGAAUAGUAUUGCAAAAUUCCUAAUGGAUGAUGUCCCUUUUCUAUUAAAAUCAGAGGAUGUGAAAGACAUUCAUAAGGUUCUUUCAGUUAUAUUCACAUCAUUGCCAUCUAAUUUUGAAGAAUUCAUCAAAUGGGUUGCAGAGAUCAGGAGGCGAGAGGAUGGUGAUUCAAGUUUAAGCGCAGAAGAGAAAACAAGGCUCGCUGUCAAGGAAGAGGUAUUGGGACAGGUGCAGGAAACGAGACUUUUCAAACACGUGUCCUCUUUUCUGUCAAGUUCUUGUGGAAGACAGAAACUAACUUCAGGUGAUGGAGACACCUUACCUGCCAUUGCCGCAAGUGUUUGUUGCCAAGGAGCAGAAAUUUUAGAUGGAAAACUUAGCUCAUCGGCAGCAUAUUGCUGUCCAGAAACAUGUACAAAAUGUUGGAAUGCUGAAGAUGACAAAUCAAUAACAAUGGUUAGUGGAACUGUGGUAAAUGGUAACACUGAGCAAGGGGUUGAUGUGCUGAUUCCUUCAUCUUCUGGGAAAUUGUGUUGCACUUGCUCUAGCAAAAAGAAUAUUAGGAUGCAUCCAGCUAGCACUGAUGUUCUAACAGUGCUUAUACUGUCCUUACCAUCUACAACAUGGGCUGGCAUCACAGAUAAUCAGCUUUUGGCGGAAAUUCAUGACCUGGUUUCAACUGAAAAUCUUUCUACUUUGCUUCAAGAAGAGGUUCUGCACUUGAGACGUCAACUACAUAUUCUGAAGAGAUGUCAAGAGGGUAAAGUAGAUGAGGAUCUCGGUGCUCCUUCCUCUUAGCAACUCUCACAUAUUUAUCAUGUUUAGAUUCACGUCCACGAGAUUCCACUGCACAGCUUAUAGUCACCAAAAUUCUGCUUCUGCUUCAACUCACACUGUCGUUGUGGAAACACAAGUUUGUAAACACAUGCUUAAUCAUCCAUAUCGAGGCUGAGUUUGUGAUGUAAGCCAGGGUAUUGGCAUUAUAAAUUUAUGUUACAGAACCUGAAAUACAUUCGAUUUGAUUUGUUUUAUCACACAUCGAUGAUUACCUAUGUUGUGGGAAUGAGGUUAAUUUUUUCACACAUGUUUCAUAACAAAUCUGUUUGGUACAUAAA